AUGGGGAAUACCCAGUCGUCAGAGUCUAGCCAUGGGCCCGACUACGAGAGAAAGGCCCCCGCGAAGCUGGUCAAGCAGCGAUACGAUGCAAACGACGACGACAUGCGCUUCUUUUCCUCAGCCUCGACCCCCGGUCUCAUUUUGGCGAGUGGCCACCCAGCUCGUCGCUACACCAUGCCGGCAGGACAGUCGCCAUCUGUAGCUUCGUUUGACCACUCAGUGCCACUUCCCACACGCCAAAACAGCACCACUGCGCUCAAUCUACUGUCCGCUGGCCGCGAGCCAUUGUCCGAUGCUGGCAGUAGACAAGACUUGACGACCGAUGAGAAGCAGAGGAAGGACCGAAACAGACGAAGCAUCUUCAGAUCAAAAUCGUCGUCAGCCGAGACCAAGCGACGUGCGAAGCCGGAGAGACGGAACACUAUAAUGGCGACUUCAACUCCGCCGUUACCACCCAUUGAGGGUCAGGGUGUGGCUUUGCCUCCGAAUCGCAUGUCCAUAUUUCUUGGGCCAAGCGAAUCGUCAUAUCUCGACGAAGCCGCCCCAGGAAAGUGCGUGGGCCUCUUUAACGUAAUGAUCCUCGAAUACAAGCGUGCUGACCAAGACCUCACAAACAGCAGCUGGCAUAUCAAUGACAAUCGAACCUCAUGGCACUACAAUCUGAAGACUUACGACGCAAAGCGACUUCUUAACCUCGUCCAGGACGACCCAGACGCGUCCAGGCAGGAAGAGGGCUCAGUAGGUGUUUCAGCAGCCCCAUCCGAGCAACGGUUUUCAGUCUUGUCGGAGACGACUUGGAAAAGUUCACAUCCUGCACAGCCAGCCGAGAACUCGCCUCUUCCUCGAGUCAACUCCGACCUCUCGAUGUACACCCCGGUUAGGCGCCGCUCAGUUAUCCAGACUCCUGGUGUUGCAACGAGACAUAACAGCAGCAGGCCACCGUCAGUGAACUACCGAUUUAGCCAUCCUCCCACCCCGAGCAACCUCUCGCGCCAGCCGUCAUUCGAAAUUGAAGGUCGUGUGAAAUCGAUGCCGCCACCUCCCACACCAAUGUCGGAAGAAAUGCCUCCCAUGCCUCGCCUCCGUGACCCAGAUGAGCCGCUGGGGCUUGUUACGCCUUGCGAAGGCGACUAUCAAACCAUUGGAGCUUUCAAGUUGGGAACUUUGAGGAUCACGAACGGAUGUGCUAGCCCUGUUCCAAGCCCAGAGCCGGACGAGAAACACAUGAUAAACCCCCCAGCUCCGUCCUCACCGCAGCUGCAGAACAACUCAAGCUAUUUCACGCAGACACUCGCUGCAGUGGAAUCAUAUGGCGACUCGGAGACCGAUGUUGUGGGAGACAUGGGUGGAAUUAUGCCAGGUUCAAGGUCUAGGCACGUUACUAAGAUGACUACCCGAUCCAGCGUAGAUUUUAUUGAAUCGACUGCGGAGCUUCCUGAGACGAUAGCAGAGAACCAGCUCUAUGACUCCAACGCGCCAACAUUCAGAGCAUCCCCGGAUAGCCCCUGGCUACAGACAACAUCGAGGAUUAAUGCGGUAGAGGACAACCUUUUUGACGACGAUGGGCAACCCGAGUACUCAACGGUAGAGAAGCUCGACUUGCGCCUGGAUCCGAAUGCGAAACGCGAUUCCAAAAGCGAAAAUCUAAACCAGGCAAGAGGAAUCUCGCGGUCAGAUAGUGGAUUUGUGUCAAGCCCGAACUCGGAGUAUCCCACCCCUCAGAAGCCACUUAGCAAGACGGACUCGGGUUACAGCUCCAACAUUUCUCUGCGUUCGCUGCGAGAUGGGCCUUCGAAGACAAACGCUGAAGGUGACCGUUCGUGGACAGUGGCUUUGAGGAGGAUGUCAUCCGCCGGAUCAGCUCUCGAGGCUCCUGUUCCAGACUUGAAACUGGAUGGCUCCUUUGAAGUCUCCAAACCAGAAACAGCUGCUGAGCCUUUGAGAUCACCACCGCCGCCACCGCCGCCUCCUAAAGAUUUCCCUGCGAGUGUUCUAGGUAGAAAAAGCUCCUCGAAAUCAGGCCAAGUAGUGACCAGCCAGCAGACUGGAAAUGCUGCAAGCCAACCAGACGCUCGCGAUAUUAAGCAGGACACCAAUUCUUCGUCUAGCAGUUCACGUACCUGGCAGGUUGUUCCCGUCCCAGCUGAGUCCCCAAAAUCGCCACACAGCGCAACUUCGGAACACUCUGGCUCCGCUCUGAGUAUCGGCAGUAGCCCGGUCAAACCUGGCAGAUUACAGAGGUUUCUCAGCAUCGGAAGCUCGGGUCGGUCUAAAACGCUGACGGCACAUGCCACCCAUGUUGCUGAAGAGACCGACAUCCCGCCAGUUCCAAAACAGAUGCGAAGGAACUUGCGUACCCACUCUGGGCUUUUCCCCAUGACAACAAAGAGGCUGGCAAUUAGGCCACAGAGGAGCAGGGAUACCCUCAAAACCAUUAUCAGCGUGGGAAGCCUGGAGGUACAUGCUAGCGCCAAAGAGCCUCUUCCUUACAUUCCUUCAUCAAACUCUGCCAGCUCCAGUACUGUGGAUUCGCAGCCACGCACCGCUGUGGACCAUAGACAUACGUUUGCACCGUCUACUCUCGGACUGGCUACCUUUCCCGAAUCCGAGGCUGUUGUUGAGCCAGACCAGAUAGGACCAAAGCCUACGCGAACCCCUAGUAUUCCCAGGAAACCGGUUCCUAGUCGGGGCGAGAGUGUAAAGAGGAUACUGAGUACCCAGUUCUACAAGAAAGGGCCUGAAGCCCCGGCAGACAGUGUUCCUACGGCCGAACCCGAGCCCAUCGCCUAUUCUGCUCCUAGCAGCAAUAUGGGCAACAAAACGUAUGAAACAGAAGCCAGGGCAAUUACCGAAGAAGGUAGAUUGCAUGGCUUGUUCCCCUCACCGACUGGUAGGGCGAAAAGUUUGACAUCCCAGGUGGAGCGCAGCUGGAGCAUCAAGAACUGGGCGUCACCUUCUCCUACUCUCUCAAGCUUUGGGCCAAUGGAUAAUUCUAUGCCACAAUCACCUGCAUCGAUUCCGAGUCCUUUGGUCUCGGAAAGCAUGCGGAAGAAGAAGACCACUACUCCUCCGCCGGUUAGCAUGAAGACGCGAAAUCAGACAAGUACCGGAGUAUCCCAGCCGCUGCGAGCACUGUCGACGCCGCCUGCUCAGGCACAUUCUGAUAUGCCGGCCAGUUCGUCUCGACGGGCCGUAAGUCACGAGGUUCUUAGGCAGUCACCCUUGUCAUACGGUCGCAACAGGCCCCAGCAGCAGCUUUUGGGCAGUCUUGAGCCUUCACAUUUGCCUCUGAACGCAUCGUCUACCAGUCACCCUCAGUUUAUGGCACCCGAUUGGCCUAUCAGAAGUGACCAUACCAGCAGCUUCAACAAGCGACACACGUCAAUAGGUCAAGUGAACAACACUGAAUUGUUCAUUGCAGAGCUACCCGCGGAUAGCGUAGCCCGGAGACGGCCCUCCACGUCUGGUGAAGGAGCAUAUCCCAGGCCUAAUUCCUCGCAUCGCGCUGGCCCAGACCUUCGUUUCGGCCAGGACUUUGCCUCUCAGAACUCAGUGCGACCCCCUCCUGCCCACGCAAACCAGCAGCGGGGGAUUCUUAAGCAGCAGUCAUCUCCAAACUUCGAUCCCAAGUGGAGCCGCGGUCCAUCGCAGCAAUUCCAACAGCACUGGGAGCAGCAAGAACAACAACUUGGUGGGCGGUACCACCCAUACGUUCCUCGGGCUCACGGUCGGAAUAGAAGUAUGACUCUGGCAGGACCUGCUAAUGGCCAGUCGGGCCAGGGAGUCCCGUACCGCAUUCUUCACAGCUACAACUCUCCAGCUUAUAGGAAUGCACCCAUCUGGGGCUGA